GCCCCGCCCCAUUUGCGCCGAGUCACCCCUCCCCUCUUCGGCACGUCGCAGCGGCUCUAGCGCCCGGGUCCGCAGCCGCAGAUUCGUCGCUUCGCGUUGGUGGGAAGAAGCCCGGACGGGAGAGGGGGAGCGUCCCUGGCCCGCGGGAUUAGGGAACCCUGCGCGCGCUCGACCCCUGCCCCCGCCAGCGGCCCCUCCCCCACCGGCUCCAACGGGCUAAAGCUCGACUCCGUGCCGAAAGUGGGAGGCGGCGGGCGGCGCCUCAUUUACUUCCCGCAGCAGAAGCGACUGCGCCGACGUGGAAACUGGUGGCGGCGGCGGCGGCACCAUGGGUGGCUUUUUUUCCACUAUCUUUUCCAGUUUGUUUGGCACUCGGGAGAUGAGAAUCUUAAUCUUGGGACUAGAUGGGGCAGGAAAAACAACAAUUCUGUACAGGCUACAAGUUGGUGAAGUUGUUACCACCAUCCCCACAAUUGGUUUCAAUGUUGAGACAGUAACAUACAAGAAUCUAAAGUUUCAAGUCUGGGACUUGGGAGGACAGACAAGUAUCAGGCCAUAUUGGCGGUGUUACUAUUCAAAUACAGAUGCAGUCAUUUAUGUAGUAGACAGCUGUGAUCGAGACAGAAUUGGCAUUUCAAAAUCAGAACUUGUUGCUAUGUUGGAGGAAGAAGAGCUGAAAAAAGCCAUUUUAGUGGUGUUUGCAAACAAACAGGACAUGGAGCAGGCCAUGACUCCCACAGAAAUGGCAAACUCACUUGGCCUACCAGCUUUGAAGGACAAAAAGUGGCAGAUUUUCAAAACCUCUGCAACCAAAGGCACUGGGCUUGAUGAGGCAAUGGAAUGGUUGGUGGAGGCCUUGAAGAACAGGCAGUAAAAACAACCUUGCCACAUGAUGGUUAAACACAUCCAAGCAUCCCUUUCUUUGCAGUCAAGCAAGUUAAUGCCAUGUACUGUAAAUAGGACUGAUGGAAUUGACUGUCGUAAAGGGGGCUGACUUGUCUUGUAAACAUGAAUGAAUGUCUGUCUGUCUGUAUUAUAUUAAAAUACUCCUUCCUUGCUCUCCUGUGUUAAGGUAUGUACUUAUGUUAAUUUGUAUGGAAGACUUAAUUGACAAUAGACUGAGACAGGUUAAAAUAAAUUUUUGUUAUGAAUCUUUAGUAGCAUCACCUAUUUUAUUCCUGUAAACACAAAUCUUUGAAGUGUCACUUGUCUAAAUAUUUCUGUUAGGUGCAUGUCCCACACUUGAAGCCUGUCACCUGUUUUGAGCUACUUUAGAGUGCUGUUGGAAACUCAACUGAGCAUUAGUGCUCGCUCUCAUAGACCAUGCCCACUUCUUAGUCAUGAGUUGAAAAACCCACCUGUAGAUGAGGAAAGUCUAGUUUUGAAAUUAGUAUCUAGGUGUUCAGAGCUGGAAUCUCAGUUGCAGGAUAUAGCUAGCAGUCUUCCAGAUUUGAAGCAAGUGCAGGGUUUUUUAUAUUUUAACACAUGAUGGUAGCAAGUUUUGUUUGAGUAGAUAAAAUAUUUUUCAAAGAUGCUGUCCUACAAUCUUAGAGGCUAUGAUUGAAUGUCACCUUUGGUCAGUGAUUUAAAUACCUAGUGUGCACAGCUAUGGGAGUCUGUGAUUACAGGAGUGCUCAUUAUCCUAUUUUGCACCAUUUCAAGUUGGGGAUGGGUGAAGUAGUUCUCCCCCUCCUGUACCACUCAGAGUUGGCAGUACCUUGCUCCUUUCUGUGGUUAUGUUGCAAAGUUAAGUGAUCAUAUACUGUUGUAACUACCACAUUUAACUUAACCUAGAGUAUUGGAUAGAGCUGCCUUCUGCUGUAAAUAAGUGGAACGCUAUAGAGAAAACAGCAGGGUUAUUAAUCCUUAACCAAUAGAAUAUUUAAGGGACUCGCAUGGCUUUAUUGUAGAUUUCAUGUGCUCAGCAUACCUGAAAGAUCAGAGCCUAGACCUUUAUUCAUAAAACAGGGUGGAAACACAUUUAAUUAGAAAAAUGCACAGUCUUGGUACAUUAAACUCUACAUUCACGUGUUCCAUUUUUACUCAAGCACAGCAAGUCAGCCUGUUGCAUUCUCUGCAUGAAAGGAGAGCAAACAGCUUGAUGGUUUUUACAUAAGAUCUGUGCAGACUUUACAAUUAAUUACAAAUAAAUACAUUAAGAUUGAACUCGCAUAAAAAAAAUACCAAGAGGCAGUUAAGCUACUGCAUCAGCAGUGAAAAGUGUAGCUCUCUACCCUGUGUUAGGUAUUGAAAAGAAAUUCAGUACUCGACCAUCAUAUAUACACAUGACCAUAGCGCUGUUUCCAAGUAUGUUUCAUUCCACCAUUGCUAAGUCUUUUAGCGCAUGGCUCCUUGAUUUCUUGGCCUUGUAGCCAGGACGCAGGAAUUCUAUUUUCCUCUUCCUUGCUUCUAUUUUAUUCUUGUGUUUCUUCAGCUUCUUCCUGGCAGCAAUGUCAGGGUUCGCUACAGUCUAAUAAAAAGCAGAUAUUAAUUUUGUGCUUUUCAAGAAUAUGGUGAUGUUUAAAGCUGACAUUGUCCCUUUAAAAAAAUCUUUCUGAUCAAGCACCUCUGAAGUAAGGUCCUACCUUAAAAUUUUUAGUACUCUUUUGUACUGAAAGGGCAAUCAGAGUUGAAAAUAAAGUCUUACCUGCAGCGCUCUCUGUUUUUUCCUGCUAGCCCUCUUCUGACUAGCCUGUUUCUGCACAGAAGCAAAGGCAAGUGAAAAGGUCUCCAGGCCAACUAGUUUCUUGAGCAGUUCUAUGAUUUCCUGGGAUAGGUUCUUCAGUGUUGGAUCUAGUAAAAUAAAGAGAUGACUUCCUCAUUCUGAAACAGUCUACUUAGGGGACUCUACUGAUUUCUCUUCCAUUUGCAUGAAAACACAAUGUACAAGCUUAAAAGCGAAGAUUUGUCUCUGGUGCUUAUUUUCCAAUGGCCUAACCUGCAUGUAACAUUAGAACUUACCCCCAGACAGCAUGUUUCCUGUAGAUAUGAAUUGCACAUUAAGCAGUGUUCUGGAACAUGUUAAACAGGAGUUGCAUUAAUGUCUUUUUUCGGUCAUUUAUCAGUGAGCCACAAUGGACCAUACUUAUUCAGGAGUAUCAUGGGAGGGAGAAACUACUAAGGAACAUUUCAUACACUUCAAGGAGUGUACUCCUGCCUCCAGAUCUUAGCACUUCAUAUUUGUAAUAAGCUUGCCUAUUUCCCAACUCCCCAUCUUAGCUCUGUAUGUGCCAUGCCUCGUGGUAACCACCUUUGUCGGUCAGUCUGGUUAUAGCACCUUUCCCUCUGCACGAGUCCCCUUCCUCCAUCUCAUGUUCUCACCUUCAAAGGCCUGCAUCACUGCUUUCCCCCUCUUAAUCUCCUCUGCUCCACUAUCCAUAUAUGCUGGCUAUAUUUUAAUUAGCUUCCAUUCCCUGAAUGAAGGCAUCUGGGUGACAAUGUGAAUGACAGAGGGUGUUUGGAUUGGGGCUGUCUGCAUGGACAGCGCUAAGCAGAACAGACCCAGUGCCAUUUCCUUAGUGGGGUUUGGCAAUUACCUUGUUCUGCAUAGGUGCUACUCAGCUCUCUGUGCAGAGGGGUGAUGAUUGUUGGAAGGUAUGGCUUGAUCCUGUCUUUCCCAAGAUCCAUUGCUACAGCUCCAAGGAACUUAAAGAUGCAAGUUCUCUGAAAGUACAGACAUGCCAGAAAUGAGAGACUGGAAGGG